AUGGUUUUUAAUCAAGUCACUUCACUCCGUUUCAACGAAAAAUACAAUUCCUAUUUUACCUAUUACAAUGGAAACUACCAAAAUUCAGCUGGUAGUUCCUUGUCAACAGGCAAGUACUCACCGGGUGAUCCAUAUGGUCAACCAUUUAUCACUGCUUCUGGUACAGGCUCUGGUGGUGGAUCUAGUUCUGAACCACAAAAUGGCUGUUCUAUCAAGUUUGCCGAUCAAGGCUACGGUAGCAACGUCGCAUAUUGCAACAAUAACGGAUGGUUCCCAGUUACUUGUACUCCACCUUACAAUCAUGCUUAA